GCGCGCAGAGCGCAGGCGCCGGCGGAGGAGGGAGGCGGGAGGGGGCCGACUGGCGCGGCUCUGGAGAGCGCUCCUCCGCCCCGCGCGCCGUCCCUGCGCCCCGCUCCGCCCGCGCCUCUCUUGCAGCGCCGCGCCUCGGGCGUAAAGAGCGCGCCCCUCGCACCGCAGUCAGCGCCGCCCGCAGCAGCCCAGCCCCAGCUUUCCUACGCCUCCUCCUCCUCCUCCUCCUCCUCCUCCUCCUCCGUCGCCGGACACGCAGCCGCAGGCCGGGGCCGGGACGCAGCUGGGGAGUCAGGGACACGCGCAGCCAGCCCUUCCCCCUCCGGCUCCCGCACCGCCGGCCGCCUCCCCUCGCCCUCCUCCUCUCCCCUCCCUGCUCCUUCGCUUCUUCCUCCUCCUCCUCUCCCGGCCCCGGCUGCCAGCAUCAUGUCCGCAGGGGGAGAUUUUGGGAAUCCACUGAGAAAAUUCAAGUUGGUGUUCCUGGGGGAGCAGAGCGUCGGGAAGACGUCUCUGAUUACAAGGUUCAUGUACGACAGCUUCGACAACACAUACCAGGCAACCAUUGGGAUUGACUUCUUGUCAAAAACCAUGUACUUGGAGGACCGCACGGUGCGACUGCAGCUCUGGGACACAGCCGGCCAGGAGAGGUUCCGCAGCCUGAUCCCCAGCUACAUCCGGGACUCCACAGUGGCUGUGGUGGUGUAUGAUAUCACAAAUCUCAACUCCUUCCAGCAGACCUCUAAGUGGAUUGACGACGUCAGGACAGAGAGGGGCAGUGAUGUUAUUAUCAUGCUGGUGGGCAACAAGACGGACCUGGCUGAUAAGAGGCAGAUAACCAUCGAGGAGGGGGAGCAGCGCGCCAAAGAACUGAGCGUCAUGUUCAUUGAGACCAGUGCAAAGACCGGCUACAACGUGAAGCAGCUUUUUCGACGUGUGGCGUCAGCUCUACCCGGAAUGGAGAAUGUCCAGGAGAAAAGCAAAGAAGGGAUGAUUGAUAUCAAACUGGACAAACCCCAGGAGCCCCCGGCCAGCGAGGGCGGCUGCUCCUGCUAAUGCAGAGCCGAACUGCGGCUUCCCAUGACACUCCUUGCUUGUUGUGUUGCUUCCUAUUGGCUAGCUUCCUAAGGGGGGAGGGAACCGAGUUAUCAAGAUGGGAGGAUUUUUCUUUUCUCUCUGUCUCUAGGAGUAGGGUGGGAUGGGGAGGGAGGCUGGGCAUCAGGGAUCACGUCACUCUUAACAGCUGUUACUUAAACGACUAUUUUUUGGUUUGGUUGUAAUAUAUUGUACUUUAUUAAGAUUGCCAAAAACUGUUAAAAUUUAAAAAAAAUUUAAAUCAUGUGUAUACAAUUUUUUGCCAGAUAAAAAUGUAGUCAUUUUUAUUUGAAAGAUGUGCUUUUUGUUUUUGUAUAUUUGUAAACUUAUAGAGAACCUUUUCCACACACCUCCUCCUUCCUGUUCUCUUUGAACCAUUCAUCACCUCUGCCUUCCUCCCAUCCCCAGCCCAAUAAAUUAAAACAAUUAACUGAGCAACUUAAUUAGGCUCCAGUCCAGGGCCAUCUGGCUCCACUCUCCAGGCCCUACUCGGUUAAAUCAAACAUUGGUUGAACACAUCAGCCUCUGAAGAGGUAGCUCUGACUCUGUCCUUCCAUGCCCAGAGUGGGUCAUCAACCUUGUGUGGAGCUGAGACUGAGGCCUUGUGGGCUCUAGGCCGCCUGGCGGCAGGCCCCAGGGGCACUGCUCUCACUUCCCUUUCCCCUUCCCUGAAAAGCCUCGAAGGGGUUGAGGGUACAGGCAACUUUGUGUUCUCCGUACCCUCAGGGACUGGCAGAGGAAGAGGCCAUCAGGAGGGGGUGCUGUUGGCAAUUGCAGCUGUGCAGUGCGCGGUUAUAGACUGGGGUUCCGUGUGUAGUUCUGAAAACAUUUUAACCAGCCCACCUGGCAGUCUGCACACACAGCGGGGCUAACCCUAAGAAACUCAGUGUGUGAUGUUAGGCAGCGUGGCAUCCUGAAGCCUUCCUCCUGGGUGUCAGGGAAGCUGGAGUCUGUACCACCUGGAGUUGAGCCUCUGUGAUUGGGGGGAAGGGUUGUCUGUAGAACCAUCACCUUGAAAGAUCCAUGUUCUUAGAGCCUAAGCUGCUAAUAUUGUCGAGUACUUUCUGGAAAAGCUGAUCUGUUGCUGCGCUUUCACCCCACUGGCAUGGCACACUUGAAGUCUUUGUGGACAUCCCUUUGUGGCUGUUGGGGCUGUGCUGUGGUCACCUGAGGGUAUGGUUCAGGUGGGGUCUCCAGAAGGCUUCCUGGGGUACUAGGACUUGCCCCCAGAGAGCCAUCUCUUCCAUUUUUUACUCAUUCCUGAGAAUGUUUUAGUCCUGAGGACCUGAAAAGUCUCUGAAGAGAACUCUCUCUCUUCUCUCUAAGUGAUAUAACCCACUUGGCCAGCAUUCCAAAUACUCAGACUCACUGCCCUGAGCCUACACAGAGCCAGGUGCAAUGGACAGUGAGUCUGGCCAAAAUGUCAGCCCCUCCCUCCCUGCUGUCAUUGGCUCUCCCUCCAGGCCGCUGCUGGGCAUGUCAUAGAUGGGAUGAAUGACCAUAUGGGGUAUGGUGGGCUGAACUCCACAAGGUUGUUGGAAUGAAUGUUGAAACUUCUCAGAAAUUAAUCUGAAACGGCAGGCAGUAAGUGCAGCAGAACCUGGCCGUACUGAGACUUGCGCAGUGGGCCUGCCAAACGUCCUCUGCCCAGGAGGCUGUGUGCCAGAGAUCAUCGCUAGAGAGGAAUUUAUCUUCAGGUGAAGAAGAGACGAAGCAGGAUCCCACUGAACCCCUCUUCCAGAAGGCAAGGACCAAUGUUUGAACGUGUUUCAGAUGUCAUGUGUUUAGUUUUUAUAUGUGUGUACAUAACUAUAUAUAGAGAUAGACUUGUGUAUACACCUUCCACAAACACAUCCUCACACGGAGAUACAUGUGCUCAAUGUAUAUUCUUGUUUCUCCUGCUCUCAAGUUGGAACUUGCAUUGUGAUAACAGUUUUGGAAAUUCAAAAGUACUGCAACGUGUUGAAAUAAGAAAUACUUAAUAUUGUCAAAUAACUUGUGAUUGUCUUGCCAUCAAUAAAAUAAUGCAUAGUUGUGUUAAACUACAGGCAAACAUAGCCCACAGGAAUAUCUCCACCAUUUCUCUAUGUACUUUAUAUGCACGGGUGUGCAUGCCUGCGUGGGCCAGUGUCCCCCCACCAUGGGCACACCCCCAAGUGGUGCUUGUUGGAAGAGUGCUUACUUACCUCGAGAGAAUUCACAGGAGUCCACAUGACAGCAUCCUGCCUGGCUGGCAGCGAAGGCCAUCACCUGUGGCCUCUGAGACCACCCUAUUUACAGGGAUCUGCGCUGGGUCUCAGUGAAUGAACGUACGGUAGAUUUUUAUUUUCUUGGCACUAAAGAUUAGCUUUUUUUAAAAAAAAAAAAACAUCCUAUAAAACACAGUAGAAACUCAGUUCCCUUCUCAUGUGCACACACACCCAAGGCACCAUGGACUGUUUUUCCAUCCUGGCCUAGAGGAGCAGUAAAAGAUGGCAUUUGGCUUGUCGUGGCCUUAGUGAGCCCUGUCUUUCCUAGCAUGCACACAACAUUCUCUCUCUGAGUUUGGGUUCUCCCCAGCCCGCUGGCCUCUGAGGCUGAGGGGGCUUCCUCCUCCUGUCCUCCCACAUCCGCAGUUUCGCGGUGCUCCCGUCCGCAGGUGCGGUUUCCAUCCCUCCCCUCCUGGGGUCUGGAAAGGCACCACACCUCUUUUUGGGAAGUGGUUGGUUCCCUGAUUUUUGUCUUGAGCAGGCACCAUCCCUGUCCCCUUGCUUGCAGGUAGGAUUGGCACAGUUAAGGUCCCAUAACAAACUGUCAGGUGCUCUUGAAGAUGCCAUGGCAUUGCCUCAGCACCCCAGCAAGAGCAUUGCAUCUUUGCUGAAUCCAGAUGGGUUAGCAGAGGGCAAAGCAGAGGAUUCCUUUGAGUAAAUGUUCUCAACUGAGUAAUUCAGUCCCUCUCCCCAAAGACUAGACCUGACCGGCAGAUUAGCAGGGUCCUCUUCUUUCGGCCUUUUUUGAGAGGGCGGGGUGGGAGGGGGGUGAAUCUCAAAAGCUAUUAGUGAAGCUCCUGUUCUGCAGGCAUCAGGAAGAUUGAGCAUAAGAUGGAAAAAGCAAACAGCCUAUUUACAGGUGGAAACACAUUGGUUCUGAUCACUCCUAACUUACUGGGUGAUCAUACAUACAUCACUAUGAAGGUGUGACAUCGGAAUCAUGAGCACUGUGGCUGCCGUUGUGGACCAAGGUUAGUGGUCUUUGUAGCUGUUGGCAACAGUUUCCUUUGGUCAGAGGCCUCCCUGCUGUCUAUUGCUGCUCUCUUGUCAUCAUCCUUAAACAUUCAGUCUGGGGGGAGCAAUGUUCCCAGGUCUGGGGGGAGCAAUGCCCAGACUAGUUUCUGUGUCUCUGGCAACAGAAACAAGGAUUGAAAUGGUGGUAGCUAAGGUGCAGAAACAUCUGGGGUGCAAUGUCUCCAUCAUCCUGGUGGCUAGCCAGUGUCGGGAGGCUCUGCCCUGGGUACCAGUUGUAUCAAUAAUAAAGGGAUGGCCCUGCUAGCUUCAGCGUCCUUCAGGUAGAGCAGCCUCAUUCCUUCACAGGUUGAAAGGCAGGUGAGGAUGUCAGGACAUGAGAUGAGACCAGGGAGCCGAGGACGGUGAGGCGUGUGUGAGCCACAUAAGGUGCAGCUGAACAGAAGUAUGUCCGUGUGCAUCAGCCAAGCAGGUUUUGUGCCCACGCCUUUCCAACUACCUCUCCCCAAAGAAUAUGAGGCAUUGUCACCUUGUUACAGCUGUGCGAGGCAGAGCUCUCAUAACUUUCUGUCUACAGGCAGGAAAACCAGGAUGGAGAAGGGCGACUUGAUUAGGAUUCCCCAGCAAGUUAGGAAUGAUCCGAACAAUGUGUUUCCACUCUUCAUCCAUUGCUGCCCUGUGUGUGAACAAAUGUGACUCCAUAUUUAUUACAAAGCAAGACCUGCUGUGCAUGGGUGUGUUCCUCAGACCAUCUCUGCACUUUGGUUAGGACACUAGGUUCUUCCCAGCAUUUGAGUGAGAAUAUCGGUGGUAUUUUGGGCUCCUCUACUGCAGAAGGGCCAGUCCCCAAGUCUACUCUCAUUGUCAUGGGCACCCACACUGAUCAGGACACUCUUUGAAUUUUUGACAUGAACUAUUUAGGUGUUCCAAAGCCUUGGGAUCCCAAUGUGCAAACUCCUUGGACUCCAGACCCCUGUCUGGUUGACAUUCCCAGCAGCACGUGGUUUCAUUAGGAAAUCCUUGUAGCAGGGGUUUAGAUGGUUUCUUCAGGAGGCGGGAAGACUCCGCAGCAUAGAAGGCCAGCCUGCAUCUCGUGGUGUGUGUCCACUUCUCCCCUCACUUUCCCCUCACCCAUCCCUUUAAAGUGAUUGGCUGUGAGGAGCACAGAGGGUGGCAGUUCCAUCUGUUACGGGCUCAGAAAACAUAGCCACCAUGUUGACUUCACAUUAAACUGUGUAAAAUGUGGAAAAGACUCAGCAUGUUGGUCAAACAAUAAACUGUCCUAAUUCUCAAAACAAA